AUGUCGGGACCGGCGCCGGACCCCGACCCUUCCAUACAGCGGGAGCUCACCUCGCGCUGGCCCGGCAGACGCGAGCAGGUCGGGCAGCUCCUCGGCCUGCUCGGCGCGCCCCACGACCACGCGUUGCCCAUCUUCGUCCACGGCCCGCCGGUGACGGGCAAGUCCUCCAUCGUGCGCGACGUCUUCACCGCGCUCGGGCGCCCGUUCGCGUAUGUCUCCCUCGUGGACGCGCACGGGCCUCGUCUCCUCUUAGAUGCCAUCGUCGAGGAGCUCAGGCCGUGGCUGAGGGACUCGGAGAAGCCCGCGCGAUGCGACCGGCUCGCCGAUCUCGUCUCGACGCUCCGUCGCGGGAUCAGGCCGGACUCCCCAGCCAUCUACCUCGUCAUCGACGAGGCGACGCGUUUGCUGGACUGGAAGGGCGAGCAGCAGCUCCUGCCCGCGCUCAUGAAGCUCUCGGAGCUGACGGGCCGCAACGUCGGCACCGUCCUCGUCGCCACACCCGGGUGGGACGCCUUCCGAUCCGCCGCGGGUGUGCGAACACCGAUGCCCGUCUUCUUCGACGCGUACAACGACGCGCAGCUCAGAGCCAUCCUGACGAGGGAACUCCCACCAAACGCGGACCCGGCGCUGUACCGCAACUUCAUCACCUCGAUCCUGCCCAUGUACACGGCGACGUGCAAGUCCCUGCACGAGCUGAGGGCGUUACUCGCGCCGCUGUGGCGCCGGUACGUGAAACCGUGGGAGGACGCGAAGGAUGCGAUUGACGAAGCGAGGGCGCGUCGGCGGGAGGAGAAGGAGAACGCCCGCGUCUCGAACGGGACGGAGCGCGGGGACGGGAAUGUUGGGGACGGGGAUGUUGGGGACCGGGAUGUUGGGGACGAAAAGUCGGCACCCGGGGAGGAUGGGGAGGCGGAGAGGGCGUGGGAGGCGGAGAAUUUGCCGCGGCUGCCGCAGUCGGCGGAGCUCUUCUUCGCGCUCACCACCGCCAGGGGCGGGUCAUCGGCGGGGAACGACGGCGGCAGCGAUCAUCAGCAUCAGCAAGUCGCGCAUCAGAAGCCGGCCAAGGCGCCGUACCGGGGCCGAUACCUGCACUCGGGCCUCGCCGUGCCCAUGUCCCCCGCGGCUUUGGCGUUGGCUCGAGGCGCGUGGCCCGUGCCCGAGGACGUAGGCGUUCUCAGCGGGCCCGGGCUCGAUUUCGACAUCCCGCGGCUCACCAAGUUCAUGCUCGUCUCCGCGUACCUCGCGACGUGCAACAGCGAGGCGGUGGACAGGCGAUUGUUCGGUCACAUGGUGGAGGGUCGGCGAGCGGGGACGUCGGCGGUUGGGACGGGUGGGGGUAAGCGUCGGCGAGGCGCGCUCAGCGCCGAUCGGCAGCAGGAGGCUGCGGCGUCCGCGGCGCUCGAGGGACCGCGCGCGUUCUCGCUCGAGCGGUUGCUGGCGUACUUUCGCAUGGUGACGAAGCAGUCGUACGACGAGGCGGGCGCCGGGAGCGAGGACUUGGCGCGGGAGCUGCUGAGCGCGGAUGUCUUUAUGCAGAUUUCGAGCGCGGUGGCGUUGGGUCUGUUGUCGCGGGUUGGGGGCGCGGAUCCGCUGGAGAGCGCGCGGUACAGGUGCGACAUCGGGGACGAUCUGGCGCAGAAGAUCGCGGCGAACCUGCGGGUCAACUUGAACAACUACCUGUCGUACGUGUGA